AUGUCUACUACUAUCAAGAGGAAAAAUUGUGACGAACAAGAUGUCACUAAAAAUGUUAAUGCUAAGAAAAUUAUUCUAGAAGAUGCUAAAAUUAAAGAUUUAUUCAAUGCAAAGAUAUGGGAUCCAAAAUUUCAACAGGAAUUACAAAAUCAAGUCACCGAUGCUCAACCUUUCAGUUGGGGGUUCAUCUCCGAUUUGGUAGACGAUCAAUUAUUACGUAACGUCAGAAAAGAAAUCGAAAGUGAAAUUCAAUUCAAUCAAAAUGAAACUGAUAUUUAUAAAGUCAAUCAAAGUGGUGAUCUAGCAAAUCUGGCUGGUUUAGAUUGGAAUGACUUAUCAAGAUUACCAAAUUUAUUCAAAUUGCGUCAAAUCUUAUAUUCCAAACAAUACAGAAAUGUCAUUUCAAAAGUCACUCAAUGUGGUGAUUUAUCUUCCAAGAAAAUGGAUAUGAGUAUCAACACUUACACUAAAGGCUGUCAUCUAUUAAAUCACGACGAUGUCGUCGGGUCCAGAAGAGUCAGUUGGAUCCUUUACUUGCCGGAUCCUGACAGAAAAUGGAAACCUCAUUAUGGUGGUGGUUUGAGAUUAUUUCCUACUGUAGCCAAGAAUAUUCCCUCUCCAGAUCAUUGUGCCAAAUUCGUACCACAAUUUAAUCAAAUCGCUUUCUUUAAAGUUAAACCAGGUUACUCCUUCCAUGAUGUCGAAGAAGUUAAAGUCGACAAACAUAGAUUAUCUAUCCAAGGUUGGUACCAUAUUCCUCAAGAAGGUGAAGAAGGCUUCAUUCCAGGCGAAGAAGAUAAAUGGGUCUCUACAAACAAUGCUACUCUUUCUUUAGUUCAAUCUGACGCUUUAAAACAAUAUGAGUUCCCAAAGGAUGAAAGAAUUCCAUUGUCCAACGACGAAAUUUCACAAUUAAUCAAUUUAAAUGAAAAUAUCGAUCAAAAUAUUACUAAACUUUUCACAGAACAAGAAUUAAAUGAAUUGAAGAAUUUCAUCUCUAUGGAACAUUUAUCUGAAGAUGGUUUAAAGAAAUUACAAGAACAAUUCUUGGAAAAUUCAACCAUAUCAGUGGAAAAUUUCUUAAAUAGAGAAAAAUCUGAAACUCUAAAACAAUUAAUUAAAAACGCAGAAUUGAAUGAACAAGUCCCAAUGACCACUAAAGAAGUCUCUGGCCCUUGGGAUACUGCCAGACCACCACAUAAAUGGUUAUUCAUGUAUCUAAAUGAACAAGAAAAACAAAACAUCAAGAAAGAAGUCGACGUUCAAUUAUUCGAAAUUUCUAAAUUUGUCAAGGGUGUCCCCUUCAAAAAAUUCAUUGCCUACAUUACAAAUCUGAUCCCAGCCGGUGAAGAAGUCAUCGUGAGAAGAUUUAGACCUGGUUCCGAUUAUACACUUGCUGAUACUCUUCAGUUCGAGAAAAAUAGAUCCGAAGAUUUAUUAGAUUAUCUUUUAGAAGGUUGUCUAUGUCUAACAUUAUUCGAUGGGUGGGAUGAUGGAACUUUAGGUGGUUAUGAAAUGUGCAUCAAUAAUGACGAAGAUGAUGGUGACGAUCAAGAAGAAUAUGGACGUGAUGAAGGUGACAAUAUCUUGAUCAAUAAACCUGCAUCUUGGAACUCUUUCAACCUGGUCUUAAGAGACGCUAACGUCCUAGAGUUUGUAAAAUACGUUAGCUGGAAUGCUAAAGGUAGCAGAUGGGACAUUAAAAUGAACUGGGAUAUCAAAGAUUCCGGUGAUGAUGAUGACAGUGAAAAUUGA